AUGAGUUUCAAGCCAGGGGAUGAGUGGAAGCUCGAACAAGGCUUAGCAGGGGUGGAAUUGCCCCUGCUGGACCUGACGAAAGCCCAAGAUGCUGCAGAGGACUAUCCAGGAUGGGAGAGGGAGAAACCGCCCACAGAGAAGAAGUUCGACGCCAAGCUCGCUGCUGACGAACUACCUGGCUGGAGCGGGUACGUUGAAUGGGAAGACUAUCCCGAGAAGAAAAAGAAGGCCCAUGAGAUCCUCGUGUCCCAGAAGUUCCCUCCUCCGCCGGAGUUCCAGCUCGGGCCGAUUCCUGGCACCAAUCCAGUACUCGAAGGCGUUCGAUGGAAGGAGUGGCAUCGGGCCAUUGGUGGUCGCCUCUUUAACGUUCCGGAAGAAUCUUGGAAUAUCGUACUCAAAGAGAAAUCGCCCGAUAUGUUGCACCUGCUUCAAUUCCCGUACAACGGCGAGCCGCCCAAGAAGCUCGUAACCGCUGAACAAGUUACGCCCAAUCCUUUGCACUUUGUGCGAAACCACGGAGGGAUUCCAACCAUUGACAAGUCAGCAUGGUCUCUUCAGUUGGGCGGACUCGUCAAAAAUCCCACGAAACUUACGUUGGCGGAUCUUCAGGAUGAAAGCAAGUUCCCACGUAUGGAAAAGCUUGUCACAAUCCAAUGCAGUGGCACUCGACGUAUUGAGCAGAUCGACUACGCCGCCGGUGAGGGCGAUGAGAUGAUCAACGCGCCAUGGGCCGAAGGCGCGAUUGGAACAGCACGAUAUGUCGGGGUGUCACUCAAGAAAGUGAUCAAGUACUGUGGCGGCAUGGCUGAUGGCGCCAAGCAUCUCGAGCUCUACGGCGCUGACACCUAUUUCAAGAUGAAUGAGGUCAUGAACUACGUCGUUAGCGUCCCAUACUCCAAAGCCAAGGCUCACGAAGUCAUGCUCGUAUGGGAGAUGAAUGGGAAACCGCUCCCCAAGAUCCACGGCGCCCCUGUCAGGGCCGUGGUGAUGGGCUACAUCGGCGCAAGGAGCGUCAAGUGGCUGUACCGCAUCAACGCCAUCAAGGAACCAACCCGAGCGCCGGUCCAAAGUCGCGAGUAUCUGUAUUUCAACCAGCAGGUUGGAAAGCAUAACCAGCGCUGGAUAGACGGCAUUCAGAUCCAGGAGAUGCCGGUGUCUAGUGCCAUCAUGUCGCCUUGGAACAAGCAGGUUGUGGUCCACGAGGGGAAGGUACAGGUCAAGGGGUGGGCAUACUCGGGAGGUGGUCGAUGGCCCGAACGAGUCGAGGUCAGCACGAACGGUGGACAUUCGUGGUAUGCCGUGCCUGUCGAGAACAUGAGCCCCAAGCACAAAUUCGCGUGGCGAGUCUGGGAGAUGUGGAUUCCAUGUGAUGUCGAAGGCUGGAUCGAGAUCGUGGCGAGAUGUUGGGAUAACAGCCUCAACACGCAACCGGUUGGGGUCAGAGAUGCCUGGAACUGGGGUCUACAUGUGACCAGUAGCGCUCACCACGUCAAGAUCUACAGCGUCAACAAGGCGAAGGAGAGAACUCGGGCCAGGCUGGAAGAAUUCCACGAGAGAGGAGUUGGCUUCCUACCGAUCACGAGGCCAACUGAGUUCCCGACGAUGUCUUGGGAUGACUACGAGGAAUAUUUCGAGAAAUAUGGUCCCCGGGAUGUCGAUGACUAG